CCUUCCAAUUGUGUUCAAGGUGUUCAAAUACAUUAGAAUGGCAUUUAAGACUUUCAAAAUAACGACUUGAAAUAAAGAUGAUCGAGUUUAGGCACCGCGCAUGUAGCCCAAGUACUACCAACGACUGCGAUGGCCUUCAAGUCCCGCCUAUAUUCAUGUUAUCAUGUACGUAUACAUGUACUUGUACAUAUCACUUCUUGCACGAAAGGGACAGGUAAGGAUAUUUGUGGACAUUACUUGCUUUCCUUGGGAACUUCCAACGUCCAGACCAGACCACGAAAUGAUUUGGUCAACUUCUACUCACACCGUCGAUGGAUCAUGAUUUACUUUGGUUUGACUGGACUCCUUGAUUAUCUUUUGACCUAUGUCCAUGCUGAUGUUCUUGGCCUUGGUUCUUACAAAAAAUGUGAACGCUUUCUGUCGGAACUUAUUUUCGCACACGUGAUUCGGAGCCGCGCGCAACCGGAUUUUGCGACCUCAGCAGUUCCAACCGGAAGGAUGAGAACCAUCCUGUGACCAGGCGUCUUCAGUAGAAGCUAUAAUGGACGCCCUAACCAUCAUCCCUGAAGAACCCGCAGCGCCAAAACAUCACGCACUCUUGAUGCCCCGACCUUCACCAUUGAGAAAACAGGGGAUACACAAGCCGAGAAAGGCCAACAUCCUAAAAGACGAAGAAGAUGAGAAAACCGAAAGGCCGAAGGUACCCGAUGGCGGCCGAGGAUGGGCCGUGGUGUUCGCUGCUUUCGUGAUUGAAACCUGUGGUUUUGGCGGGUUCUCCCGAGCGGCAGGUGUGUUUUACGCAGCCUUGACUGAGGAGUUCAGCGCGACUGAGCUGGAGGUAUCGUGGGCCAUCUCCAUUCUGUCCGCACUUGCCUACGGGGGAGGCUUGUUCUCCUCCAUGCUGUACAAGCGGUUCGGUGCGCGCCCCCUGGUGUUCGUAGGUGGCAUUGUAUCCUCCUUGGGUUUCUUUACCAGCAGUUACGUCAACAACGUGUACGAGCUGUACGUCACCAUGGGCGUGGUCGUAGGGACAGGUUGGGGUCUGGCCUACAACCCUGCAUUGGUGGCUGUGGGACAGAACUUCGACAAAAAGCGCCACCUUGCAUACGGUGUUGUGUUGGCAGGGACGGGAGUGGGCGGGUUCGCCUUCUCACCGCUAUUCCAGUAUCUCAUCAGUCUAUACGGGUGGAGGAAAGUCUUACAAAUCUAUGCCGGGAUGAACCUGAGUCAUUGUGCUGCUGCACUUCUCCUAAAAUCGCCCCAAACAACAAACAUUUCGAAAAACACAAGGAUGAGUCGCACCCAUUUACUGGAACAGGAACGCAACUCCCAGAGUUGUAAACAUGGCCUUCCAGAAAACAACUCUGUUGUUUCUCUCACGAGUUUGGGACAAAGUCAGGAGACAGAAGCUGAGUUCCUUCAUCCACAACAACAAAGACGCCGACGAAGCAGCAGCAUCAAACUUCCAUCCAGUUUGAAAUUCAGAAGACGCCCCCGUUCCUCCAGUAUAUUCAUGAACUUGUACACAAAGGAGAGGCCGAGGAUGUUCGACAUCUCUCUCCUCCGACAUCCACCGUUCCUGGUGCUGUGCGCAUGUGUUGUGGCUAAUGAAAUGUCGUACUUUGUGGCACCUACGCACAUGGUACCGCGGGCACUGGCACUCCAGAUACCCAAGACUCAGGCUUCAUUCCUUCCCUCCGUCCUGUCUAUCACCGAUCUGAUUGGACGUUUGCUCUCCGGACUGGUGUCUAAAGUACCAGGAUGCACACGAGCUGUACAGUAUGCAGUCUUCUGCAUGCUUUGGUCAGCAUCUUCUUUAGCGAUCAUUUUAGGAGUAACCUACCCGCAGAUGGCAGCCCUGGCCGGAACGUACGGCUUGUUUAACGGGCUGGUGCGGCCUCUGACUACCGCGCUGGUGGCGGAUGUGGUGGGGACUGAGCGGAUUGAGAGCGGGCUGGGACUGGUCAUGCUGUGCCAGGGGGUCGGGUCUGUAGUCGGGCUGCCUAUUUCAGGUGCCCUCUAUGACAUGACUGACAAGUAUUACCCAUCAUUCCUGUUUGCUGGCGGAGCCAUCUUCCUCAGUGGAGUAUUCCUCCUCUGUGCUGUCGUCAUCGAAGAUAGAGGGAAGCAUCGCAACAGUGAACCCCUCAUCUCCCAGCAAAAAUAACAAAAACGCGUUCACACCUGAUGUUAAAUGUAGAUAGGGGGCCAACUGC